AUGGUCGAAGCUGUGCCCUCCACGCCUCGACGCGGAACGACCUCCACCCGCUCCAGGAUAUGUAAGAAACUCGUGCUCAAGGGCCAGGCGUCCAGCAAGGGAGCCAACUACACACUCUUCCUCAAGAUCCAUCUUCUUUCCAUCCAGGAUCGUCUGGAAGAAGAGCUACUCCUCUUUGCCGAUCCCGAUGUCGAGCUGCACGAGGCCAUCGUCCACCGUCUCGAUGCCUCGGGAGCGGCACCCGCCUUGUCCACUUCAGCGGCCACUGCGGCCAGCAAUCUGGGCAUCCCGCUCUCCCUCCAUCACGAGAUGGACGACAGCUUCAUCGAAUUCGAGUCGCCCAGAAACGCGCGCACAGGCUCGUCACCAGCCUCCGCUGACCGCGCUGCACUUCCAAAGGUCGUUCGCUCCGAUCAGGGUGUCGCGCUACUGCGAUCCAAAUAUGAUCCCGCCGCUUCCCAGGUUGGUGGAGGCAUGUACAUGGUGACGCUCCAUCUCCUUGCAACGCCUGUCUCCCGCCCGCCCUUGGCGCCCUUUGCGGUGCGCAUGGCUGUACCUUUCUGCUUGAACAACUACCUGCAGUUCACCAUCGACGAUUCCAUCAGCCAACAACUCGGAUUGCCCGACAUCGCCGUCGAGGUCGAUCCACCCGUCCUGCCGGUCUCGGCACCGCGGCCGUCCUCUCGUCGCAAUUCGUCCACCAACUCGCUGACUCGCUCGCCCGGUAGCGUACUGCAGUUUGACGACGAGGACGACGACACGCUCACCGGCAUCGCCCCGACGGAUGACGCCGGUGCCGAUCAAGACGACUCAUCCAUCGCAGGACCAUUUCAAGCCUGCGACGCGCUCGUCAUUCGAUUCGCAUCGGAAAAUGCUGGCGAUCUCGCGCUGACAGGAACCUCGCAGGCCACUCUGCCCAACGCACUGAGAGCAAAGGCAGCCCGCUCCUCCAUCACCUACCGUCCCAGACAGUCUGUAGAUGCGGACACCGACGAGACAGUGCUCGACUUUGAAGCAAACGUGCGGCUCGACGAGCCUUUCUUUCCUGGUCUGGAUCGCGAGGUCCAGCUAUACGUGCAGCUCCAUGCUCCCGCCGCGCUCCGCUCAUGGCGCGUGGAUGCGGCGGAUGCAUCACGCGGCAUCCUGAGCUGGUCCUUCGGCGCUGUCGCAUCCUCGGCGACCUCCUCCCUUCGGCAGCCUCAAACAAGUGCAAACGCCAUGCUGCGCGGCUUGUCGGCGUCCGAAUUCGGCGACAUGGUCAUCCUGCCCGAUCCAGGCCAGCAGCCGUCCGAGGAAGAAGACCUGCUCAAGGUCGCUCCGCCAAAAGGCAUCCAUGAUGCCGAUUACGACUUUUCGCUCGACAAUGGCCGCCCAACGAACCCCAAGCAGAGGCGAUUCUCGCUCCAGUCGUCCGCCAGCACCAAGUCCGUGCCAUCGCAGCCGCCUUCAGAGCCGUCCGUGCCGAGUGCAUCUUCGGAAAUGCUCGUCAUCACGCUUGGCCUGCUGCCUGUUCUGCAGAGCUCGGAGACUGUUGUGAUCAGUGUGCGUGGGGCACUCGCGGUCGAUCUGUCACAUUCGGAGUUGGACCUGGAUCGACUGCCCAGAGGCCUGCUUGUGCCUUCGGCGCUGGUGCAAGAGCACGACAAACAGACAUUGGUGGCGGUGGACCCGUCACCGCCACCCAUUACGAAUAUGGUACUCGCAAAGAAGGCAAGAGACGCGCUCGACGCUUCGCUCGAGACGGUGCUGCAGGACCAUGACCCGCAGUCGAUCCAACAGGGUGGCCGAACCGACAGCGACGGGGUCAUACGGCAGGCGCUGGCGGUGAUAGCUGCGCACAAGGAGCUUUUGACGCAGGACGCUACACGUGCUGCGCACGCAUCGCACGCUCGCGGAGAGGCUGGGAGUGGCGCGGCACACGUAGCUCUGCGUGCGUCGCACGUGCUCUGGACGCUCUUCCUCACCGCAGUGGUGGCGAUGCUGUUCAGUGCGACGCAGAGCACCAACCGUGCGCUGGUGGCACGUAUCGACGAGCUGACGCGCAUCGUCGAGGCCUCGCGCGUUGAGGCUGCGGCCGCACACCAUCCUCCGUCGACAGAUCAGAUGGAUGUGCAAGAGUCCUGGCUCGAGAUGCUGGACCCAGUCGCAGCCCACCCCGCAGCCGUCGAGGUAAGAUUCCCGCUCGAUGCGCACGCACUGGACAACAACGAGCAAGAGGACCGAGUCGAUAUGGACGUGCCCCUUGCCGCAGCCCCGCAUUUGCACAGCAGUGCGCAGGAAGACGACGAGGUGCAGCCGGUGCCAGCGACGGAUGUGGCGCCCUUGGCGACCGACUGGCUGCGCGUGCUGGUGCGCAUGCCGCUGCUCGUGCUCCGCCAGCUGCUCAGCCUCCUCACCCCAUAG